GUACUUUGUGACUGCCAUGGCGGAGGAAAUAGGUGGCGUUGAUUUUCUACUAGAUGAUGAUCUAUUCGUCGAUUUCGAUCUUUCACUUUUCACUGAAACUCCUAUUGCGGGUGAUUUUAUUCGGUCUUCACCGGACUCUGCAAACUCGUGGAUCGGAGACAUCGAGAGCCAUCUGAUGAACGAUGAGGACAAUCAAUCUUUUCUGGAUCAGCAAUCCGUUUCGGAUUUUUUAGCGGAUAUAUUCGUUGAUGAUCCCACUAGCGAUUCCGUUGAUUUGGUGACCGGUAAAGUUGAUGAUGUACCAACCGAAGGAUUUGUCAACGGAAAGGGACCAGAAGGCUCCGAUGAGGCCGGGAAGGAGAAAGCUGGAUUCUCAGUUGGGAAGAAGUUGAAUGAUUCUGGAAGUGAGAAUCAGGAUGAAGCUAUGGUGGAAAGCGAGAUAUCAGGAGACGAUGAUGCUAUGGCCAAGAAACGCAGAAGGAGGGUAAGAAACAGAGAUGCGGCUGUGAGAUCGAGAGAGAGGAAGAAGGAAUAUGUGACCGAUCUUGAGAAGAAAAGUAAGUAUCUCGAAAGAGAAUGCAUGAGACUGGGACGGAUGCUUGAUUGCUUUGUUGCGGAAAACCAUUCUCUUCGUCUAUGUUUGCAAAAGGGUUGUGGAAAUGCUUCCAUGAUGACAAGGCAGGAGUCUGCUGUGCUCUUGUUGGAAUCCCUGCUGUUGGGUUCCCUGCUUUGGUAUCUGGGAGACAUCAUUUGCCAAUUCCUCCCUCAGCCCAAACCAAAGACUUGCUUCCUUCCAGUGGAAGCCGACGGACCAGAAAAGCUGGUUCCAAGCGGGCGAGAGAGUAGCAAACUGUCUAAUAAUUAUGCUUGGAAGAGUCGGAGAUGUAAGGGUUCAAGGCCUCGGAUGAAACACCAAGUAUGUAUACUUGUGGCGUGACACCUUGCGCCUCUUAUUCUCUUGAGCUUUUAAAAUGUUGUUUUCGCGUUUGAGUCGUAGAUGAGUGUCUUAGUAGUCCUCUCCCGUUUUGUAUUUUCGCUUUCCGUCGGUUAACAGUCAAUGUGGGUUUCUCAUGGUUUUUGGAUGGUUUCUAUUCAACUAAUGAUAUUUACCCAAUAAUAUUUCUGGUUUAAGACCCCAAGUUUUCG